UGGGCUACGGAACUGUGCCAGACAGGGACCGCAGCAAGUAAACAAGCCUAUUCGACACAGUGAUAGCGGAAACGAAUUUAGGAUACAGUUGUUUUAUUGAUCGGGGGCUCACGUUAGCUGCCGUACACGACACGGCAGUAAACCCUUGAGAAAACUGGAAUAUUAUUACAGUAUUUGUUUUCGCACGGGAAUAGACUCCUGAUAUGCGCAUUAUGCACUGCAUCACUUUCGAUAAUAUGGACGAUUUUACCCUCAACAUGGAGUACCUCAUAUGGGAUUUAGGUUGGCAUCUAUAGCUACAGUAGGACGUUAUUCCGUUGCAUUGGACUGAAAGCAGCUGUCCUUGAGCUCCAGGAUCAUGGGCCCCAUUAUGCAGGAACGCACUGCCUCCACGGCAUUGAAACGCGUUGUUUCCAAAGAGAAGAUACGUACGAAGAAUUCUGAAAACAACGAACCGAUUACGAGUUCAAAGAAAGCUAACAAGGUGAAGAAGGCAGGAGCUCAACUCAAGAAUGCCCUUCCAGGUCAGGAUAAGGACACUGUGUCGACAAUCCAGAGGGGCAUUCAUUCAAAGGGAAGCAGAGUCAAAUCUGGCACUACUCGAAACACUAGCAAACUGGCAAGCCCUCAAGAAGGAGGCUUGAAGUCUAAACCACACACACACUCCACACAGAGGCAAGAGAAGCGAGAGGUUCAGCGAACGUCCCCAUGUUGCGGUGAGUUAGAUCAGAACCAUGGGGUACUGGGCCGAAGUCGGAAAGCUCUCUCUCUGCCCCUCUCCCCUAUACCUGGGCUGCGCCAGGGGCCAAUGCGGCUUCACACACACACUCAAGUCCCCACCCUGGAGUCCCUCAGACAGUUUGAGCAGAAGGAAGUCGACUCGGACAGCGCCAGUGACCUGUCAGACUCAGAGAGACUGCCUGUACUCCCCUCCCCCUGUACCCCCUGCACCCCACCCCAUCUCAACCUCCGCGCUGAAGUGAUCAACUCCAGCGACUUCCCCCCAGCCUUCCCAGGACCACACGGGGCCACGAGCGACAACGACAGCGUCAGCUACAACUACCCUGACUUCCUGCCUCCUCCCUUCAAUACCUGGAGCCUACGCCAGCUGGCUGUGUUCCUCCACACGGAGGGCCGAGGCGCACCUCGCCCCAAACCUGUGGGGCCCCUGGAGAAGUACCUGGAGAGGCUGCUGCAGUUGGAGUGGCUCCAGAUCCAGACUGUGCAGGCGGAGGCCUGCCGACCUGCGGGGGGCCGUCCUAGGGCCCUGGGCUUCCCCUCUGCCACCACCACGAACACACCUCGGCCCCACACGGCGCCACCCAGCCGCCUCAGCUCCCCCAAAGGCCUGCGGCAGUGUCAGCGUGCCUUCCCGCUUGCCCCUCACAACCCCCCCUCGCUGGCAGCACAGCAGCUCUCCUGCCUCCCAGUCUGCCCCCAUUGUCACAUCCGCUACCCUCUGUGCAACGGGAGCUGCUCCUCCUAUGCCUACCAGCGCCACUCGCGCCUCAGUCCCCUGCUGGAGCGCCGAGCCAGGCCCGGGGUUCCCCCGAAGAGGAGCAGCAGUGAGAGCCGGGUCACUUCCUCUGAGGGUAGGGCUACAGGCAGCAGUGGAGGAGGACAGACUCCAGGUAGCCCCUCGGCAGGAAGAAGCCACGUCAGACACAUGCAGGCGGUUGGCAACAUCCGUAAACCCGCCCAGGAGCCAGGCACUAACGGUAAAGGUCAGGCCAGUGUGAAGAAAGGCCGCGCCAGAGCCAAUUCGGAAGCCGAGGUGAGGAAGGAGUCUAGUACGGCUAAGGCGGGUGUGGAGAAACACACACACUCUGGAAGUAAACGAGAGGCUAACACGAUCAAGAGGGUCGAGAAAGACUGUCAGAGGACAGAAACAGGAAGUCAGGCAUCUAAAAGUGGGGUUAAAAGAACAGUAAAAGAGCCACUCUCUCUCUUCAAGGCACCGUUGUCUGCCAAAGCGAAUGGAAAAGCAAAGAAUGUUCACUUUAUUGCCAAGUAACCACAUUUCCUGGCUCAGUACAGGAACUUAAAGUUAUGCUUGAUAAAGUUAUAUAUAAUAUACAGUGCCUUCAGAAAGUAUUCAUAACCUUUUACUUUUUGUCGUGUUACAGCCUGAAUUCAAAAUGGAUGAAAUAUAUUUUUUCUCUCACCGAUCUACAUAAAAUGCCC